AUGGCAGAUGAAAACCACAUAUUGGCUUUGCAAUAUCCGUCUCAUGCUGAUGAGACAGAAAGACAUGCCAGGAUCAUGCGGAUUCAUCAGUCCCUUGAUGAACAAUCGGCGGAUUCAUCAAGCAACCUCCGUAAGAUAACUCUAGACAUUGACAAAGGGAAAGGUCAUGUCUUUGACUACGAGAAUCAGAGAAGAAUGGUGAAAAAGGCGGGUUUUGAGGAGGUUAUUCGGCAAGGCUGGAGUAAUGAUGAUGAUGUGAAUAUCUCAGGACAAGAUAGUACGCCUACAAGCUGCCUUGGAGAAUGA